CCUACAAAUGGAGGUACGGUUCAUUCGGGUCUUCAACCCAUGACGGGAAUGUUGUUAGGUCGUGCGAGUUGACGACUGUACCACGGGACCGGCGAUUUCGAAUAACACCGUUCGUUAUUUUGAUAAAAUCAAGCGUUACCGCGUGUUUUGUUAAAAUAAAAAAAAAACCCAAAAAUAUACUUGUUAAAGCACAUCCAAACCGCGCAUCGUCUGUGUAUCGAUUGGCGCGCAAACCAAGAUCACCUGUUCCGAAGCAAUCCAGGCAGGCCAAUCCAGGCGACAAAACCACGAAUAGAGUCCUCGCUGCGCGCGAGAGGCGGCGGCGGCGGUGGUCAGACGUAAAGCAAAACCGCAAAGGCAAAAAAGUAGGCGAAGGACACCAAAGGACACAUUAUUCUCCCUUAGCUGCGAAGACACUACUGCUUGCGCACUAAACAAACAAUGGCCCGGGAACUAUGGUGGGGAAGGACUGAAGGGAGACGGUUGCAACAAUGUUUACUUUUCACACGCGACACCACCCGGUCCGGUACCUACCCCACCAAUUCAACAUAUUUCCUUCCACGGAUGGGCUUUUAUGAGCUUUGCUAACGUAUUGUUUCUUCCUUUUUUGUUGUUGCUACUUUUCCAGCCCUUGGUCACGCGGAUCGAAGCAACAAAGGAAAAAACUGUUGCACGCCUCCCCGUCGUCGUCGGUUACUACUGCAAACCACGCAGAAAAGAUUGUGAUUUUUGCUUGACCGGACGGAAUUGUGCGCGGAGUGCGAAGCGAUGAAUUUAUUGGCCCCUUGGGCUGCUGCUGGUGAGACUGCUGGUGUUGGUGAAAGUGUACAGUUGUAGAGUUCAAAAUCCAGUCCAGUCCCUCAGCGCCACCAAUUAAACGAUUGGCAAAGUGAUAUGGAAGGCUUCGAGUACGUCAUCCAGCGCCCUCCCCAGGCAAGGAUCUUCUUCGGUUCCGGCAUCGAGCGGGAAACGGUACCCCUGCGAGGUCCGGCCCUGAGUUCGCUGAUGCGCCGCCGUCAGCCGGAACUGCUGGGAGAGAAUCUUGCACCGGGAGCGCACAACAUCGGGUACGACCCGGGUACACCCGAGGACCAUCCGGCACUGCGAAAGCCCAUCAGCCGUAAAGGGUACGGGCCGCUCGUUGCCAACAGUGUGCGGUUUAACUUUGAGGAAGUGAGCAACAGCCCGGGCGUUGGGGAUUACGAGCUAGUGAAGAAGCAGUCGAAACCAAAGCAGAUGGCCAAACCGUUCGGGAGUGGAACGGACGAGCGUACUAAGGAUCGUUCGCUUGCCUAUCCUGGUGUUGGAACGUAUCUCUUCAAAACGCGCAAAGACAUCCGGAAUCAUUCGUUUGGUGGUACCAUCAAAAUUAUGCCCGCCGCAAGGACGCUCUGCAAGACGGAAAACUUUGACCGAUGUUUGCGGUGCGACGAGCGGCCAGAAGUCGAUUACUGGAAGAAUCUAAGAACGGAACGAUCGCUUUGCCGGCGCUGUAUGGUGCAGGAGCUUGAGGAUGCACGGUCCUGCUCGAAGCACAAGUCGGAGCAGAAGAAACGGUUGGAUGCACUGAACGAGUAUAAGCGUGUUCGGCACUGUGCAUACUAUCACCGGCACGAUAAGACCAGCGCAGCGAUCCAAUUCAUCAGCAACAAGCAGUUGAAGCGAAAGUUCCGGUUAGAAAAUUACCUUUCAAUGUUUGAGUGAAGGGAAGAAGGCGGUAAGCUAAUAAAUUAAGGUAGAGCAACAGUAUGAUAAGCUUUUCUUA